UCCAGUAUCGUUAUUGGUAUUAAGGAGGAGUGAUCGGCUGUUCAUUAAACAUGCAUGACCUGAAAUUUCAAUGUAGUAAUGAGUUUCUGAUAUUUAUUAUUUCAAUAAUUCUAGUAGUUCAAGGUUUGAGAGAUCCAUAUAAAACUUUGGGCGUAAAAUCCUCAGCUUCUGUACAGGAAAUAAAGCAAGCGUACAAAAGGCUUGUAAGACAAUGGCAUCCAGACAAGAACGAAGAACCAGGUACAGAAUCUCGUUUUAUUGAGAUCAACAAGGCAUAUGAGCUGCUAAUGGAUCCUGAAAGAAAACAGCUCUUUGAUCGACAAGGGACUAUUGAAGACAUUCCAAACUUUAGGCGACGUCCUGAUUAUAGUCAAAUUCACAGAUUUGAAUUUGACCCCUUUGACUCCUUUUUUAACCAUGGUGAAUUUAAGUUUACUUUUGAUGAGGGAUCAAUUUAUCAUAAAUACACAAUCACUUCAAGAGCAUAUGAGAACCACAUCAUUCCAGCAAGCACAAUAAGACCUUACCUUAUCUUUUUCUAUGAUCAGCUGUGUGCACCUUGUAUUCACACUGAACCUAUCUGGCAAAAGAUAGCCUCAGAACUGGAACCAAUAGGAGUUGGCUUAGCAGCUAUUCACAUGCAGAAUGAACCAGCCCUCGCAAAGAAGCUUGGGGUGAACUCACUGCCAUAUCUCAUAGGGGUAAUUGAUGGUAGACAUAUUCAUUAUAAGAAUGACCUGCUAAGCUUUCGGAAAAUCAUUGAGUUUACUCGCAAACUGUUUCCCUACAAAACAGUAGUUAAUGUGAAAGAUAACUCCCUUGAGAAAUUUUUAAAUGGUUGGUCUGACAAUAAGGUCAGGGCACUUUUCUUCAGUCAAGUGGAACCCCCUCGUCUUCGUUAUCUUUUAUUGGCUUAUCAGUACAACACGCAUGCUUCCUUUGGGUUUAUCAAACUUGGAAGUCCAGGAAUUGAUGAGACUUGUAGACAUUAUGGAGUAAACAAGCAAAUGGAUUCUUUGUUGGUAUUCAAUGAGAAUGUGACAUCCCCUGUGGCAACUCUUAGCAUGGGUGAACUUGCUCCUCAAACAAUGCGGGAUGUUCUGGAGGCUAACAAAUUUCUUCUUCUCCCACGUUUAUCUUCACAGCACCUUUUUGACCAACUCUGCCCUCCAGAGGCAGCAAAAUCUAGGAAACAGCUAUGCGUUAUUCUCAUCACUCAGAACACUCAAACCCAUGACCCAUAUCGAGCUGUGAUGAGAGAUUUUAUUCAGUACAGUACCUACCCAAGAGAAAAAGUCAGGUUCAUGUUCAUUUUCAAAGAAAAGCAGGAAGAAUUUGUAAAUGCCUUGUCAACAGGAGAAGGAGCACCAGAAAAACCAGAUCUUCAUGUUGUAAUCUUGUGGCGACAAGAAUUUGACAAAGUUCGCUACCAGUGGUUAGAGGCUAAGUGGUCUAUAAAGCCAGAUGCUAUGAAUAAUACCAAGAAGAAAUUAGAAGAAAACUUACAGCAGCUGAUACAAACAACAGAAGGUCUACCUUAUCAUGCGAAAGUUGCUAGUCUAUCUGAUGAACAAGCACGGGGACUCUUUAGUCGCAUUGUAAAUAGACUUAUCAUCAUGGGUGAUGUACUACGUGACAACAUCAGUCGCCAAGAAGUCCUUCCAGCCAUUUCUGUUGUCUUGUCUGUUGCAUUUAUUAUCAUUGUGGGUUAUGUCAUGUCUUAUCUUGUUCAACUUGAAGAACAGAACAUACAAGAAAAAUAUCGGCGAGAAGGAAAGCAGCCACCAGGUGUUUGUGGAAAAUCAAGAAAACAAAGGAACUUGGAUCUACUGAGGACCAUUGAGAAAAAGACCUGCAACAAGUUGUACACAAAUCAUGUCAAGCAAUGUGCAGCAUCUUAUACCAGAGAAGAACACAAGUUGAACAUACAUGAGCUGAGAGGUGAGACGUACAAUGGAUUGGUGCGUCUGCUGAAACCAGGUUUUAGGACUAUUGUACUUCUUGUAGAUAAAGAGUCUAAAUCCAAGCUUUUGCCCAAGUUCUACAAAAUUGUCUACCCAUACAGAAAGAAUAAGUCUUUGAUGUUUGCUUUUCUCAUGGUGGAGAAAAAUCUAGAUUGGUAUCGUCGAAUUCUUCUUCAGACCUUGGGAGAAUCUAGAGAACUUAAUAUCAACCCAAAGAACUGCAUUGGUACUGUGCUGUCGCUGAAUGGGCACCGUAAAUAUUUCUGUGUAUAUCAUGCCAAACAUGCUGAGCCAAGAAAAGGCCACUCUAGUUUCAAGCAAUCCAAAAAAGUAGAUGGUAUUAGUGGGGAUUUUAUGGGGUUUGAAGAAAGCUACAGUGAAUCAGAGAGUAGCGACAUUGAAGCAGGAGGGUUCUUAAAGAGAGAAGAUGAUGAUGUAGAGUCAUACAACAUACUCUUUCAGGAGCAUUUGCUUGACAGAUUAUCAAAUUGGUUGGACCGGUUGUUUGAAGGAACCACUCAACGGUACUACAUCCAGUACUGGCCAGAGAAUAUGAAAUAGAAAUACAUUCUCUCUUUAGUGAAUUGACUUACUAUUAAGGUAUAAAAGCUUAACAUCUAUUUUCUGGUUGCAUAAAAUGUUAUAUUAGAAUAAUUUAAACUUCUGAGGCCAGAAAUGUUGUCACCAUUUCGUAUGUGUUUUCUUAUGAUGUUAUCCCAAGUAAACUAUGAAUAACUUGUUUUCUAUUUGCAUGGUACAAUCCAUGAGCUGUUUAAAAAGGCAUGUAAAGCAAAAAUCUGAUACACAAUUCUCAUGACUGUUUGUAUAUUCUUGAUUAGUUUACACCAUUUUACUUAAAGUUGUAUUUAUUAAGAUUAGCAUGAGUUUUUGAAAAAGUUAAAUGUAGUAGGUUAUACUUUUCGUUAAAAAAUUCAUGAAAUCAUUAUAUCAAAUUAAUUUUUAUUAAAGUUUAAAUUAAGUUAUAGUUCUGAAAAAAGAAAAAAAUUGCAAGGCAUGUAACCUGGCUCCAAAAAAAAACUGUUAUUAUUCAAGUAAUAAGCUAAGUAAGUAGUCUUCAUAAAAUGUCAACAUUUUUAAAAAUUGUAGAAAUUGUUUUUGAAUAUAAUCUGCCAAUCAAAACACAUCCAAGUUAAGUGGGAGUUCCUACUUUUAAAUAAGAUUUUGGAUUCACUGACUUUAACUUUGUAAUUUUAUUUUGCCUAAUGUUUAACACUAGAAUGUUGACACCUGGUUACAUCUUAAAUAAUAUUACACAAAAAAGUGAGAAGCAGUUUUGGAAAUUAUUGCAUAUUUAUACAACCAAACCUAUAAGAGACUGAUAGUUAUAAAUUGAUAUCAUUUAUGAGAAUUUUAAGUCCCCAAAAUUAGUAUUUCAAAAACAUUUUCGUACAAUUUUCUAACUUUCCGAUUCUUUUUUAAUUAAAAUUCACACCAGUUGUAUCCUGUGUGUAAACAUGUUAAUUGGAACUAAAAUUUCGAUUUUCUUUGGUAAAGUUUUCAAAUGAUAGCUACAUUUGAAAAAUUAGUGUUUCUUAUUCAUCAUAAUAGACUUCACUGUAUGAUGCUUAUUAUUAAAUGUUUUCAUAUAAUAUGUAAUUCGUAACUGCCAAAAUGUUGAUUCCUUGUUUUACUUGCUGAUAAUUGAUACAUUUGUGCUUAAGAAUAUAUUGGAUGUUUGUGAAAACACUUGUACAUGAGAUUUCCACAGACAGUACUUUUAGGAUUUUAUAUUUUUGCACCUUUCCACCACUUCAAAAUUUAAGGUGCAGGUAUUUAUGAAACCUAAUCCACUAUUUUGUGUCAUUUGUCAACUUAAACAUAAUUAUCUUUGUUUAUGUCAUCAUAUUUUGUGUGACCAGUGGAAACAGGAUUAUAUCUGUUUAUAUGAAUUGUAUUUACUAUUGUUUAUUUUAUUUGAGCUGUUGUCAUAUUAUGUAUUUUCAGAGCUUAAUUAAAUGGUUUUCAUUUCUAA